AUGCCUGUCGCAUUAACAGUCAAGAAGAUAGACGGAAAGCCGGGCAAGGUUUACUACCCUCUCCAACUCAAGGAAGUGCCCAAGCCUUCGCCGGGCCCAAAGGAAGUCCUCAUCCGCCUAAAUGCUGCGGCUCUCAACCACCGCGACCUUUUCGUCCGUCAGCAUCUCUACCCGGGCAUCUCCUUCGAUAACCCACUUCUGGCAGACGGCCAGGGCACGGUAAUCCAAUCUGGGCCGCAAUGCGUUCGCAACCUCCAGAGCAAGGACGUGCUCAUCUUCCCGGCUCGAGGCUGGGAUGCUGACCCGCACGGGCCUGAAGACAUCAAGAAGUAUAGCGUUAUCGGCGGAACUGCUAUGUAUGAUGCGGGCACGGCGCAGGAAUACAUAGUCUGCAAUGAGGAAGACGUCGAAGUGGCGCCAGAGCAUCUAUCAGCAAUCGAGGGAGCAGCGCUGCCGCUUGUGGGCUUGACAGGCUGGAGGGCGCUGGUGACCAAAACUGGAGAGAAUGCGAGCCGUGGCCGCAACAUCCUUAUUACGGGGAUCGGCGGGGGUGUUGCACUGCAAGUUCUGCAGUUUGCCGUCGAGCUUGGGUGCAAUGCGUGGGUCACAAGUGGUGACAAGGACAAGAUUGAGAAGGCUGUGAAGUUGGGUGCGAGGGGCGGCGUAUCCUACCGAGACAAGGACUGGGACAAGCAGCUGCAGAAAGCCUUGCCAAAGGACAGGCCUUUCUUAGAUGCCGUCAUUGAUGGAGCGGGAGGAGAUAUCGUGGCGAGGACGAUCAAGCUGCUCAAACCAGGAGGCAUCAUUUCUCAGUAUGGAAUGACCAUUGGGCCCAAUAUGCCCUGGGGUAUGCCGGCCGUCUUGAAGAACAUCGAGUUGAGGGGCAGCACCAUGGGUUCGAGGGAAGAGUUUAGAGCUAUGGUAGCAUUCGUCAGGGAACGGCCGCUUUUGAAACCAGUCAUAAGCCGGGUGUCGAAGGGCUUGAAAGACCUGGACGGCAUCGAUGAACUCUUCGCAGACAUGAAGGAUGGGAAGCAAUUUGGCAAGUUGGUCAUCGAUAUGGAGGCUGGUCCGGCCUCGAAGUUGUAG